AUGCCUAUCAUUCAGCGCUCUGCUCUCCGCGCUGUUUCUCGCGCAUCUCGUGCGGCUAACCGUGUGGCACGCCAGAACGCUGCCAGCCUCUCGACGGCUGCCCGUCUGGCUGUCCCCGCGGUCCGCGCGGCCACUACCAGCGUUUCCCAGACCCGUGGCUUUGCGACCGAGGCCCCAGCUGCGGCAAAGGGCCAGGCUACCCCUGCCGCGAAGGGUGAGAUCGGUAAGAUUCGUACGGUCAUUGGUGCCGUCGUUGACGUUCACUUUGGCACGGAGAACCUUCCCGCCAUUUUUAACGCGCUCGAAGUGCUCGACAUGAAGUCUGGUCGUCUCGUUCUUGAGGUCGCCCAGCAUCUCGGUGAGGACACUGUCCGUUGCAUUGCCAUGGACGGUACCGAGGGUCUUGUUCGUGGCCAGCGCGUCCAGGACUGUGGUGCGCCCAUCACUAUUCCUGUGGGUGACGGCACCCUGGGCCGCAUCAUGAAUGUUAUUGGUGAGCCCAUUGAUGAGCGUGGUCCGAUCAAGGCGAGCGCUCACAUGCCCAUCCACCGUGAGCCGCCGUCGUUUGUUGACCAAUCGACCGAGUCCGAGAUUCUCGAGACCGGUAUCAAGGUCGUCGACCUGCUUGCUCCUUACGCGCGUGGUGGUAAGAUUGGUCUCUUUGGUGGUGCCGGUGUCGGCAAGACUGUGUUGAUUCAAGAGCUCAUCAACAAUGUCGCCAAGGCCCACGGUGGUUUCUCCGUCUUCACCGGUGUCGGUGAGCGUACCCGUGAGGGCAACGAUCUUUACCACGAGAUGAUGGAGACUGGCGUCAUCAACCUCGAGGGCGACUCGAAGGUCGCGCUCGUCUUUGGUCAGAUGAACGAGCCCCCGGGUGCCCGUGCCCGUGUUGCCCUUUCUGGUCUCACUGUCGCCGAGUACUUCCGUGACGAGCAGGGCCAGGAUGUGUUGCUCUUUAUCGACAACAUUUUCCGUUUCACUCAGGCCGGUUCCGAGACCUCUGCGUUGCUCGGUCGUAUCCCCUCGGCUGUCGGUUACCAGCCCACCCUGGCCACCGAUAUGGGUGGCAUGCAGGAGCGUAUCACCACCACCAAGAAGGGGUCCAUUACCUCGGUGCAGGCCGUCUAUGUCCCUGCCGAUGAUGUGACUGACCCUGCCCCCGCGACUACAUUUGCCCACUUGGACGCUACCACUGUGCUGGACCGUAGCAUUGCCGAGCUUGGUAUCUACCCCGCUGUGGACCCUCUUAACUCCAACUCUCGUAUGCUUGACCCCUCGAUUGUCGGUCAGGAGCACUACAGCGUAUCGCUUGGUGUGCAACAGCUGCUCCAAGGCUACAAGUCGCUCCAGGAUAUCAUUGCCAUUCUGGGUAUGGAUGAGUUGUCCGAGGAGGACAAGCUCACUGUCGAGCGUGCCCGUAAGAUGCAACGUUUCAUGUCCCAGCCGUUUGCCGUCGCCCAGGUCUUCACUGGUAUCUCUGGCAAGCUCGUGCCCCUGAAGGAGACCAUUGUUGCCUGCAAAGAAAUUCUCAACGGCAAGCACGACAACCUUCCUGAGGCUGCUUUUUACAUGGUCGGCAACAUUGACGAUGUCAUUGCCAAGGCUGACGAGCUCAGCAAGGAGGGCAAGUAA